GCGAAUUUCAUUUGUAAACUUAUUGUUGGGAUGAGUGGUUUUGAAUCGGAGUCGCAUCGAAGCAAAGAAGAUGCCUGCAGUUCGCGUACAAAAUCUGGUCAUUCGAAUCGUUCUCCUAGGAGUUCUCCACGAGUAACGGAAGAACCACUCAACGAUCUACUCGAGAUAACUGUAAACACUGUGAUGGAGGGCGUGACGGCGGCAAAAAUACUCGUACCAGCAUUAUGUCGAGUUUCCGAGCUGAAAAGUAUAGUUUCUGACGCGACAGAUAUAUCCGCUGGUAAACAAGUGUUAAUGUACAAGGACGUUGAACUCAAGGACGAUAAUACACCGAUACGUAGUUAUGGCAUAGACCACGACUGUACUAUAACAAUGAAUGUAAGAAUGAGCACUGGCUCAAAAAUUGCCAGGGAUAACUCCUUGAACAUGAACAUGUUUUUUCUUCCGAUGGUUAUGCGUCAGGGUAGCACGUCAAGUUUACGAAGCAAAAUCAGAUCGAUGACAUCAAUUCGGAGCCGACCAAAGUACUCACACAGAUAUGACUUACCCAAAUACGAUAACUCACUUAGCUCUCCAGCCAAACAGAUGGAGCACGAGCUUACCAGAAACAAGAUGAUGAGGCUUCUCCGCAAAGUCCGGCAACGAAAAACUCGUCUUCUCUCGGAUACGGAUGUCCCUUCACCAGAAUCACAUUCGAGUAUAUCACCAAAUUCUCCAACUUCGCCCAACAUUCCAGCUCCUACGCCAUCGCCGUUGAAAACUUAUGAGCCAGAUAAAUUCUUGACGGACAGGCAUAUGAAGCUCUUUUUCGAUCCGCCGGAAUCGGUCGAGGAAAUGAUGCUGUUACAGUCUCCUAUGUCAUUGCCUCCUUCAAGCGUGGAAGAAUUACUCCAAAUCAAGGAAGCGAGAAAGAAGUCCACGAAGACGGCUUGUCAGUUUUGUCAUCGAAAACUUGGGCUCACAGAACAACAGAUAGAAUGUUUGUGUCAUGGAAUUUUCUGUAAGAAACAUCGCCGACCAGCAGCUCAUAACUGCGGCAUCGACUACAAACAAACUGGAAGGAGUAAAAUUAUUAGGGAAAAUCCCAGAAUUUUGGAGGGUGGUAUACACAAAGCUAGAGAAGACUGAACAAUCAAUAAGUUUCAAAACAAGCUUGCUCUCAUC